UGACCCGAACCCGACCCGAACCCACCAGCUCAGAGACAAUAACAGCAACCAUAAUUAUCCAGUUAUUGAUCCGGAUCCAUCGAUCAGGUUCUGCUCAGAAAACUUUCCUCUGAAGAUUUGAACUUUUUUCUCCAGAAACUUUGAGGCGGCCAUGAUGGCGGUCAUGUUGGCCACGCCCCCAUCGCCCUACGACUUCGACUCCAGUCAGCCGUGUUUCUUCCUGGGCGGAGACGAUGAGGACGUCUUCCCCAGCCAGCUGCUCCCUGGUCCCGGCGAGGACAUCUGGAAGAAGUUUGAGCUCCUGCCGACGCCGCCCACGUCCCCCAGCCGGACCCCGCCCCGUUCGGACCCGCCGCUGUCCGCCGCCGACCAGCUGGAGGCGCUGUCGGACCUGCUGGACGAGGAGCUCCACCCCUCCACCGCGCUGCAGUCCUUCAUCAUCCAGGACUGCAUGUGGAGCAGCAGCUUCGCCGCAGCCGUCAAGCUGGAGCGGGCCGUGUCCGAGCGGCUGGCGCGCCUCCGGGCCCGGCAGAACACGACCGGCACCAGAGGGCUGGAGGCUGGAGGUUCUGACGAGACCGGGUACCUGCAAGACCUGCAGGGUGUCGCGGCGACGUGCAUCAACCCCUCUGAGGUGCUCCCCUUCACUGUGACCGGCCAGAACCAGAACCAGAACAACCAGGACCUGAACCAGAACCAGAACAACCAGGACCUGAACCAGAACCACUUCAAUGGAGUGGCGAUGGAGGUCGGGUCAGAGUUGAGUCUGGAGACGCCGCCGUUCAGCAGCAGCAGCGAAUCAGAGGAGGAAGAGGACGAUGGUGAGGAAGAAGAGAUUGACGUGGUGACGGUGGACAGACGGAGGACGUCCCAUCGGUCCCCUCUGGUCCUGAAACGCGCCCUCGUCAACAUCCAGCAGCACAACUACGCCGCCCCGCAGCCUGCUGGGAAACGGCCCAGGCCGACAGAGAGCCCCGCCGUGUCGGCGGCGGGCCGCGGUGCGGGUCGGCGCUGCUGGAGCCCGCGGUCGGACGACGAGGACGAGGACCGACGCAGGACUCACAACGUGCUGGAGCGGCAGCGGCGCAGCGAGCUGCGGCUCAGCCUGCUGGCGCUGAGGGAGCAGAUCCCGGCGCUGGCCGCCAACCACAAGGCGGCCAAGGUGGCCGUCCUGCAGGGGGCGACGGCGUUCAUCCGGGAGGCGCGGGCGGACGAGCGCAGGCUGCUGAAGAAGAAGGACGAGCUGACGAAGAGGAGCAGGGAGCUGCAGCGCCGCCUGGAGCGGCUCCAGGCGCCACAGUAACCGCUCAGCAGCGUUUUCAUGUUAGAGACAAAAUGACUGCAGGACACAAACGGGUUCUACCAGAACUGCCGGGUCAGAACCGCCGGGUCAGAACCUUUA